AUGACUCACCUCCUGUGGAAAUAUUACUGGGAAGACGAUGUCGACAAAUUUCGACGCCUUCUCGCUCCCGCCGGAUUCGGCUCCCAGAAUGGCAGUCGAAGUUCGAACUUGACGACCACGGGAGGAGGUGGAAAUUCCGUCUACGCUACGUCGCCUCGCGCAGCGACAAAGUCGCGCAAGGUCCCGGGCUUUGGCCCAAACCCCGCAAGCGCGCGCCAUGGACACGGAGGUCUCGGACGAAACGAGAUAAACAGCCGCGACCAUGUCGGUCUUACCGUUCUGCUGCGCGCAGCGUCAUCGACGGCUGAGAAUGCCAUUUCGUUUGUGGAAGCCCUGUUGGAACACCCAGCCAUCGACAUCUACGUCCAAGACCCGGAGAGCGGCUGGAAUGCCCUUCAUCGAGCGCUAUACGCCGGGAAUAUAUCCAUCGCCAGGCUUCUCCUCGAGAAGGAACGCAAGGAUCUCACGGGACACACAGCCUCGCUGCAUCGGGUCGGGCAGCUCAUCAAGACGAAGGACCAUGAGGGGAACAGCCCGUUCGAUUUGUAUCACUCGACUAUUGGCGAGCGCAGUCUGAAGAAAUUGACCGAUUGUGAAAAAUCGGACGAUGAUUCUGAUAGUGACGAAGCAGAUGUGCUUCUCGAUAAGGCUCUGAAAAUUGAGGACACCAUCGGCUCUGGCGAGGAUCUAUACGCAUUUGGCAGCAACAGGAACCUGUCACUAGGCUUUGGCGACGAGGAUGACCGCCAGUUCCCGGAACGCGUGUAUCUGAGGCGCCCGGAUCACUUGCUACAGAGAUUCCACCUCGAGUAUCUCCAAGCGAGCGGCGAAGACGGGCCUGCUUCUCAAGACAUCAAGAAAAUCCCGACAUUAGUCCUGAAUCGCCCCCUGGUGAUUCAGGAUGUAGUCUUGUCCAAGCUACAUAGUGCCGUGCUGACGACAGACCCUGUGUCGAACUUGUAUAUCUGCGGCAUCGGCCGAGGAGGACGACUUGGCCUUGGAGAUGAAAACACACGCUUUACUUAUACCCCUGUGCAAGGGCCAUUUGCCGACAGAAAGGUCGUGCAGGUUGCCCUCGGCCAGAAUCAUUCCAUGGCCAUCGACGAUAGUGGCGCACUGUGGACUUGGGGUAAUAAUGCCCAGUCUCAGUUGGGCUAUGCUCUUCCAGAGCCAGCCAAGAAGGAUGAAGACCCGAUCAGCACCGUACCGCGUCAGGUGUUUGGCCCUCUGAAGAAGGAGACGAUCAUUGGGAUUGCCGCCUCUUCGAUUCACUCGGUUGCGCACACCGGCACGUCGCUGUAUUGCUGGGGCAAGAAUAUCGGCCAACUUGCCCUGAUGGACGCCGACUCUAGAUCCCUCGAGUUCCAACACACGCCUCGAAGAGUUGCUGCUUCAUUGUUCUCGUCUCCAAUUGUCAUGGUGACGGCCAUCGACAAAGCCACAACAAUUCUGCUCCAAAACCACACUGUUUGUGUCUUUACUGCAUACGGCUAUCACAUCGUCAAAUUUCCACUAGCAACGCUUGAUCUGGGCGACAACAUUAAAUUGUCAACCCGCUAUGAUCCGGCACGGAGUCAGAUCCAUCACAUCACAUCCGGCGGGGAGACAAUCGCAGCCCUCACAAAGCGUGGCGAUCUAUUCACAAUGACCCUCGAUCACAAAGCCGAGGCCACUCAGCCAGCCACGUCUACGACAAAUCCUUCCAAGAUUAAAGGUGCUGUGACGCAACCACAGUGCAUCUGGAACGCUAGGAAAGAUGGGGUCCGCUCAGUUGGCGUAGGUGAGCAUGGGUCCGUCAUUAUCAGCACGGCAUCUGGGGCGGUGUGGCGGAGGAUAAAGCGAGCGAAGGCCAAAGAUGCCUCUCCGUGGCCAUCGGAAUCCAAGCGCAAGGACUUCAAAUUUCAGCGGGUGCCAUAUAUAACAAACGCCGUCACAGUUCGUGCCUCGGCCUAUGGUGCCUUUGCCGCCGUCCGAAAAGACUCGGACGUAAUGAAAAAACAACUGGCGAUUGCGGGUCAGUCUAUCUGGGAAGACGUGGCACCAUUGAAUCCCAUGAGAGGAUUUCAGGCGUCCAAGCCGGGGAACCAGAAGCAUGAAACCCUCGCCUUCUGGGAGAACAACAAUCUCGGGAACCGCCUGGGUCCCGUGGCCUAUGAGGUGCUAAAGUCUCCAGAUCUCGAAGAGGACCUGCUACAGUUCUUUAAGUCUUGGUCGUAUCGGAACGAACCGCUGGAUGCAGCCGUCUGCACGUCUUCCUCGCCCGAUAUCAGGAUACCCGUCCAUGGUUGGCUGCUCUCCGCCCGAAGCCCCGUCCUGCGGGGCGCCCUUGCGCAAUUCCGCAAAGCCGGAUCAUUCGCAAACCACCUUUUCGAAAUUAGUGACGCUGACGGCAAGGCAAUACUUUGCUUCCAGGGCUUAGACGUUGUCUCACUGCUCAAUCUAGUGCUGUUUGCGUACGAGGAUAGGGUGAUACCCGUGUGGAAUUUCACCGGCCUAGUACCGCCACUGGCAUACAGAUACCGGCAGAUCCGCUUGGAGGUCAUGAGGCUUGCCACUCGUCUCGAUAUUAGCAAUCUCGAGGCGGCUGCACGGCUCCAGGUGGAGGCCAAGAAGUGCAUGGACCAGGAUUUCCGACGUGCCAUUAAAGAUUCACGCUUUUUCGGAGACACGGAUGUCGUGCUAGAACUCGAUGGCGCUGAUGUCCCCGUUCACAGCGCGUUUGUUUGUAGACGAUGUCCUUGGUUUCAAGGGCUCUAUCACGGUCGCUCCGGAGGAAUGUGGCUCGCCGGGCGCCGGGCAGAACAAGGUGCCAGCCGCGGCUUACCAGACAAAAUAAAAAUCGACAUGAACCACAUGGAACCCGAGGCUUUCAAAUACGCCCUUCAGUACCUCUACAGCGAUUCCGGCCCAGAGAUGUUUGAUCCUGCCGUGUGCGAGUCAUUGGAUGGUUUCCUUGACCUGGUGAUGGAAGUCAUGUCCAUUGCCGACUACCUAAUGCUGGAUCGUCUGUCACAAAUCUGCCAGCAGGUGAUGGGCAGGUUUGCGAACAUUCGCAACAUUGCAGACCUCCUAAAUGCCAUCAGUCCAUGCGCAGUGACAGAGUUCAAGAAGGCGGGGCUGGAAUACAUCUGCCUGCAGCUUGAGACGAUGCUUGAGAAUCAUCUGUUGGACGAACUUGAUCAGGCUCUGCUUCUUGAACUAGACAAGGUUGUGCGAGCCAACCAUGCUGCGCAAUCCCCAUUUGUCAGGAGUGGUCGGAUUGAGUUGUUGCUGCAUGAAAAUAACCCUGAGCUGGCCGGAGAGAUUGACGAGGAGCGGCAAAUCAGAGUGAAGGAAAUGGCGUACAAAGCGCAUCGAGAAGAGGAAAAGAAGCUUUCAUCUUCGACGAGGAUGAGAUAUGGCAGCCUUGACGAUGCCAGUCCCGUCACUCCCACGCCCGAUAGGACCAGGAAGGCGUCGAAGGCUGAGCAAAAUGAACUGGCAAGUCCUUGUCUUCGGCCCAGAGAGUCGCAUGGAGAUCUGAUGUUCCAUAUGGACGAGGAGGAUAUCUCGUUGGCCAACAGCCCCUCGCUCCAAGCUCGGAAAAGUGGGAGAGGGGCGUCUGAACUGGAUCACCUACCCCCAUUGGGAAGUUCCUGGAAAGGUUCAGGCAAAAUCAUGCACAUAGGCCUGCAGUCACCACCCCAAACCAGCUCAAGCCCGUCUGGCACCUUGCAGACAGCAGCACCGACGCCCCUAAGACCAGGAAAGCCAUGGGGAGAAGCGCUGACGCCGACCUCCAAGCUGGACCUCCGUGACAUUAUUCAAUUGGAAACGAGUAGCCAAUCCGCACUGUCGGCUGGUUUAGCAGCCCAAAAGGCGAAAGAGACGACACCUAAGUCAAUCCAGCCGAAGAUGUCGCAGAAGGAAAAGAAACGACAACAACAAGCAGCGCAGGCAGCUCAGGCAGCUCUGGCCACGGCCAAGUCCAACCCGCCCAAAAAUGCCUGGGAACGGUCGUCCAGCGAUACGCCGGCUUCUUCCCCUUGGAAACCCGUGCCGGCCGUGAAAAGCACAACAUCAUCUACGCUCCUGAAUCCCGGUCCGGCCAAGGGUCUGCUGACCCCUGACGCAGCUGCAUCAGCAUCACCAUCAGCAUCGCCCGCAAUCCCAGUCCACAGACGUACGGCAUCCCCAGAUACCCGUUUUUCAGGGCAGCGCACGCCAAGUGGCGGCCCGUCGUCGACCCCUGCUACGAAACCAGCCAACAACAGUUACACCGGCAACACCUCCUCCUCCCGGCCUUUUGCUCUCCCGCCAGCUGCUACUGCUUCUGCUGGUACGUCUGCGACGCUCAUCCCCCACUCGAAAAUCUACCUGCCACCGCAGCCAAAGGCCGAGGUGCAGCUGGGCCUGACCAUGGAGGAUAUCAUGGGCCAGCAGACGCGCGACAAGCAGAUUGUCAAGGAGGCGGUGGCCAAGCGAUCGCUGCAGGAGAUCCAGCAGGAGCAGGCUUUCCAGGAGUGGUGGGAUGCCGAGAGUCGGAGGAUGCAAGAGGAGGAGAGGAGGAGGGAGGAGAACCUAAGGCGGAACCAGCAGGGAAGCAAUGGUAACGGAGGCGCGGGUGGCGGCGGUGGUCGUGGUGGGGGUGGUCGCGGUGGGAGGAGAGGCGGGCAGAGGGGUGGGAAGGGCGGCCCUGGGGCUAGAGGUGGGAGUAGCGGAGGUGCUGGCAAGGGGAGGAGCAGUGGAGAGGAUGGAAACGGGAGUGGAAAUGCAGCCGCCCUGUCGGGAUCCGGGUCCAGAGGAGGGAAGGGGAAAGGGAAGGAGGAGAAGGCGGGAAGAGGGGGCGGUGGCAGCAGUGUUGGUGGAGGGCUGAGGCGCGAGCCUGUAAAUGCUGUUGUUAAAGGUUAAAGAGAGCGGAAGCGGGUAUAUUGUACGCAUGGAUGUGCAGUUCGGGUGGUUAUCGACUCUGUACAGCUUAUGUAGUUAAUGUAUUUAUCAGGAUAGUCUGCUCCUCCUUACUAAGGGACUUGGGGUCUAGAGGACAUAUGGAUGGAUGGAUGGAUGGCUGGCUGGCUGGCUUUUGUCUGCCUACUGCCCUGCAUAAAUUGGUUUGCAUGCAUGAAUUUUAGGUCUCGCCUCACGGCAACAACAGAGCAAUUGCAUUAAUUGAAG